UCACGCCACUGCACUCCAGCCUGGAAAACAAGAGCGAAAUUCUGUCUCAAAACAAAAACAGAGAAAAGAAUAAAAGUCUAUCAAUAAAGAAUAUGAUGUGAAAAUGUUUACAUAUGUUUAAGAAAAAAGGCUACAAAUUAGUAGGUUUGAUGGAUUCUAAAUAUAUAUGUAUUGAUAUAUAAUAUUAAUCACUUAAGAGAAUUCCAAGGUGUAAACAGUGAUUAUCCCUGAGGGGUGGGAUUUUGAUGAUUUCCUUUUAAAAAAAUUGACAAUUGUAUAUUCUGAUUAUUCAAGACUGACUAUUUUUUACUGUUAAAAUAAGGAAAAACUUUGUUUUAAAAUAAUCUAAAUAUUUUCAGCUUUGAUCAUCGUAGCAACUUCCAUGCUAUUAUAACUGAAAAGGGAAAAUAAAUUUUUGAAAAUAAGAGUUCCUGAUCCAGAGGAGUGUAAGGAACUUUUGGAUCUCAAUUCCAGUUCCAGUAAGGCCUUGGGUCUAAGACCUUAACCUGGGUGUUUUUGUAGGUGUUUUGCUUUUUAGGGUCAUUAGGGCAAGUACAGGUUGUACCACUCUUUCUGUUCUUUUACGAUGGCAGCAGUGUUUGUUCUAUUGUUUAUAUUUGGUAACUUCUGAGUGACACAUGUCUCUCCUUUGACAUGCAUUGAGUCUUUGCCCCAGGAGGCUACAGUGACUCAUAAUAAGUUUAAAAAUAUCACAAGUCUUAAAAGAUCAGGUUUCUUUUGUCUUCUGUUUAUAAAGAGCUCAUUGUAACCCCUUUUAUCACAGUCAGAAUAGGUUCUGAAAGAUACCACUGGGUGCAUUUGUCUUUUUGCUUUUUAUUUUCAUGUUGAGCCAGCUCUGCCUACUAGUAUUACAAGAGUUCUCAGAUCCCACAGGAAAUAUCUGCAAACUAUUUUUCCAACUUGACAAAAGCAGCCAGUUUUUACCUGAGCGUCUGUUUUAGGGCUUUUGACAGGCAAAAAUGGCUAACCCCAAGGCCCCAGGGGAAUCUGCAUUCUGUCCCUGCUGUUCACAAGGAUUUGAAGGGAGAGACUCAGCCCACCCUUAAUGAAGAUUGAAUGAGGGUCACUGAAGAUACAGUGUUUACUCUUUGUCUGCUGUGAAAAAGUCUGUUCCCAUCUCUAGGUAUUUUGUGGUUGAUGUUUUAUCACUGUACUUGUUUUCCUUUCACUCCACUGCAUGUAAAUUCUUGCCUCACAGUGUAAUAUUGGCAGAGUACCUUGAAGGUCAAUUCAGUAAAUAUUUAUUACCCUUGAAGUUCAAUUCAAUAAAUAUUUAUUGAAUCGAGCCAUUCAAUAUGCUAACUACAGAGAUACAGAGCUGAGUAAAGAUACAUUCCCCUUAAGGAGAUCAUAGUCUCUCAGAGGAGACAGACAAAUGAACAAAUAAACCAAUAGUGCAACCACAGAAGUAUAGGUGAGGUACACAGUAAGACAAAGGAGGGAAUGAAUGAUUACCUAUAGCCACCUCAAACCCUUUUUGGAGCAAAUUAGGUUGUAAAUAAAUAAAGGGAAAUAACCAUGGUAGGAGAGGGAUGCAGCAGCAGCAUUCUCAAAGAUGAACGCUAUACAGGUAACUAAGGGUGGUUUUGUAAUGGUUUAUUUCCCAAAUACAGGUAUUUAUUUGAACUGAAGGAAGAUGAUGAUGCAUGUAAAAAAGCCCAGCAAACAGGAGCAUUUUACCUCUUUCAUGGUCUGGCUCCUCUGCUUCAGACUUCAGCACAUCAAUACCUGGCCCCCCGACAUAGCCUGUUAGAGUUGGAAAGGCUCCUGGGUAAAUUUGGACAGGAUGCACAAAGAAUAGAAGAUUCUGUGUUGAUUGGAUGCUCUGAGCAGCAGGAGGCAUGGUUUGCUCUGGAUCUAGGUCUGGAUAGCUCGUUUUCCAUAAGUGCCUCCUUACACAAACCUGAAAUGGAGACAGAGCUCAAGGGGUCUUUCAUUGAGCUGAGAAAGGCUCUCUUUCAACUCAAUGCAAGGGAUGCCUCCAUGCUGUCCACGGCUCAAGCUCUUCUCCGCUGGCAUGAUGCUCAUCAGUUCUGCAGCAGAAGUGGGCAGCCCACCAAGAAGAACGUGGCUGGCAGCAAGCGUGUGUGCCCUUCCAAUAAUAUCAUCUAUUAUCCACAGAUGGCUCCUGUGGUGAUCACGCUGGUGUCAGAUGGGACCCGAUGCCUGCUUGCCCGCCAAAGCUCCUUUCCCAAGGGAAUGUAUUCUGCCUUGGCAGGUUUUUGUGAUAUAGGUGAAAGUGUGGAAGAGACCAUCCGCCGAGAAGUUGCAGAAGAGGUGGGAUUGGAGGUGGAAAGCCUGCAGUACUGUGCAUCCCAGCACUGGCCCUUUCCUAGUGGCUCACUCAUGAUUGCUUGCCAUGCAACUGUGAAACCAGGGCAAACAGAAAUCCAGGUGAACUUGAGAGAAUUAGAGACAGCUGCCUGGUUCAGUCAUGAUGAGGUAGCCACAGCCCUGAAGAGAAAGGGCCCCUAUACUCAGCAACAGAAUGGGACUUUCCCAUUCUGGCUGCCCCCUAAGUUAGCCAUCUCCCACCAACUGAUUAAGGAGUGGGUGGAAAAACAGACCUGUUCUUCCCUGCCUGCUUAGCCCAGACCAAGUAACUUAGAUCGCUCCUUGGUAUUCCUGAGGGACAAACUAGAGAUCAGUUGACAAAGAAGUGAAAAAGACAAGCUACAGGACCUCAGAAGGGCAGAGCAGAGGGUGAGCCUACAGUAAGACACUUCUAUCAGCAGUGUUAAUGGAAGAAAUUCCUACCAAUGGGCAAUCAAAAAAGCCAGUGUGAGAAGAAAACUGAUGAGCUGUCAACUGUCAAAACUCAGGGGGAAGGCGGAAGCAUUAGUUUGGAUGCAGGCCCUUGUUCAGUCAUUUUCUCCAAGGCCUUGGAAACAAACAUCUUUUGGCAUAUGGCUUGUUAAUGUUGUGUUUACACUAACUGCCAAAAUGUGCCUGUUGUAAGUUUGGUGAAAACUUCUUUUAUCUUAGUAUUGAAAAUAUAUAGCAAGUUUCAAGUCAUUACUGAGUUACUUGUUACCCUUACAGAAUUAAGAAAAAUAGCACAGUAUAACAUAUUUAAAUUCAUGUACAGGUGCAUUCUAGUUACAUGUACAUGGUAGUUAAAUAAAAGUCAUAAUUAAGUCAUUAUGACUCAGAGUACUUUAUAAUAAACCAGAUGCCAUGAGGCUCUGUUGAGGUAGUAGAAUCUCAAUGGGACUCCAGAGAGUAAGUCUUUUUUGCUGUUUUCAGCUCUGUCACAUGCUCAGUUCAUGACCCAGGGAAAAGACUCUCGCUUUGCCAUGCCUGUUUUCCUAAAUAAAACAGUUGCUGGCAUUUGCACAUCCACAAUGUGUUGAUUAACUUUAACAAAGGGAUUGGUGGAGAUAAACAGAUGCCAAACCUGACCUAUUUCUUAAACUUUAUGGAAUAAACUAAAUUUAGGAUUUCUCAUCAUUCAUAUAUGAUGCCAUAAGGGAGAAGAGAUUAUUUGGGGAAAAUAAAAUGUCCACACCUUU